GUCCUUUGUUCUUUCUCUUCCUUCUGGGACAUUGCAAUUCAUUUAAUUUCCUUUUUAUUCUUCUUUUCUUUAAAUGUCACUCAAGGCCCUGCUCGAAUCGGCCGCCACAGCCAAAAUCCCGCUCUGGCAGGUACUGCUGUUCGGCGGCACCACACUGCUCGCCCGCCGCCUCCUGCUGGCCCGCGCCAUCCAUACCACCACCGCAGCCCCGGGCGCGUCCAAAAAGAAAGCCAGGGAGGCAGAGCCAGCCGUCACAGAGGACACCAAGCUGGUGCUGAUCAUUCGCACUGACCUGGGCAUGACCAAGGGCAAGAUUGCCGCGCAGUGCUCCCAUGCCACACUCGGCUGCUACAAGCGUGCCCUCAAGCAGGCGCCCGCUAUGCUCAGAGCCUGGGAGUACUGUGGUCAGGCCAAGGUCACGCUCAAGUGCUCCAGCGAGGAGGAGAUGCUGGCGCUGCAGAAGAAGGCCCAUGAGAUGGGCCUUGUUGCCCAGUCCAUCUGCGACGCUGGGAGGACACAGAUCGCCGCUGGGUCGCGCACUGUUCUGGGCAUUGGCCCCGGCCCCGUCUCCCUGGUUGAUUCAGUCUCGGGCCACCUCAAGCUCUACUAAACAUUUUACCAUCCAUUAUUUUGUAUUUCUAUUUAAAGCGGGUAAUAAAAAGACAUAUGAAAGA